CCGUGGAGCUGCAGCGCCGAAGUCUGCCCAUCUUCCAGGCGCGGCGUCAACUGCUGGUGCAGCUCCGGAGCCUGGACAGCGCUGUCCUCAUCGGAAGAAAGUUGAAUACUGUGUGUUUUCUGGGGAUCAAAACCAGGAUUCACACAUACAGGGGGAAACUGGCUCUGGGAAGACGACUCAGAUUCCUCAAUACCUCUAUGAAGGAGGCAUCAGCCGCCAGGGCAUCAUUGCUGUGACCCAGCCUCGUCGUGUAGCUGCUAUCUCUCUUGCUACUAGAGUUUCAGAUGAGAAAAAAACUGAACUUGGGAAACUGGUCGGCUAUACGGUACGCUUUGAUGAUGUCACUUCAGAAGAUACCAGGAUCAAGUUCCUGACAGAUGGUAUGCUUCUUCGUGAAGCAAUCUCAGACUCCUUGCUUCGGAAGUACAGCUGUGUCAUUUUAGAUGAAGCCCAUGAACGGACAAUUCACACAGAUGUGCUCUUUGGCGUGGUGAAAGCUGCACAGAAAAGGCGAAAGGAACUGGGGAAACUACCUCUCAAAGUGAUUGUGAUGUCAGCUACGAUGGAUGUAGACCUAUUCUCUCAGUAUUUCAAUGGUGCCCCUGUCCUCUACCUGGAGGGUCGGCAACAUCCAAUCCAGAUUUUUUACACCAAACAGCCUCAGCACGAUUACCUGCAUGCUGCACUUGUUUCAGUCUUUCAGAUCCAUCAGGAAGCCCCUUCUUCUCAGGAUAUCUUGGUGUUCCUUACUGGUCAGGAGGAGAUUGAAGCAAUGAGCAAGACAUGCCGGGACAUUGCAAAGCACCUCCCAGAUGGCUGUCCUUCAAUGCUGGUUCUUCCUCUCUAUGCAUCCCUACCCUAUGCACAACAGCUUCGUGUCUUCCAAGUGGCCCCAAAGGGCUAUCGCAAAGUGAUCAUUUCAACCAACAUUGCUGAAACCUCCAUAACCAUUACAGGAAUAAAAUACGUAGUUGACACAGGCAUGGUUAAAGCAAAGAAGUAUAAUCCUGAUAGUGGCCUGGAGGUAUUAGCUGUGCAACGGGUGUCUAAAACUCAGGCCUGGCAACGCACAGGACGGGCUGGUAGAGAGGAAAGUGGCAUUUGUUAUCGGCUCUACACAGAGGAUGAGUUUGAGAAGUUUGAGAAGAUGACUGUACCGGAGAUACAAAGGUGUAACCUAGCAAGUGUGCUGCUGCAGCUCCUAGCAAUGAAAGUCCCAAAUGUCCUCACCUUUGACUUCAUGUCGAAACCCUCUCCAGAUCAUAUGCAGGCGGCCAUUGCCCAACUGGACCUGUUAGGUGCUCUUGAACAUAAGGAUGAACAACUUACCCUGACUCCAAUUGGAAGAAAGAUGGCGGCUUUUCCCUUAGAACCCAGAUUUGCCAAAACUAUCCUCCUGUCCCCCAAAUUCCACUGUACGGAGGAGAUACUGACCAUUGUAUCCCUACUAUCUGUGGACAGUGUUCUCUAUAACCCUCCUUCCCGGCGGGAUGAAGUACAGGGUGUUCGGAAGAAGUUCAUAUCCAGUGAGGGGGAUCAUAUCACCUUGCUGAACAUCUACCGGACCUUCAAAAACACGGGCGGGAAUAAGGAUUGGUGCAAAGAGAAUUUUGUUAACAGCAAAAAUAUGAUGCUGGUAGCUGAAGUUAGAGCACAAUUGAGGGACAUCUGCCUAAAGAUGUCAUUACCAAUCAUGUCAUCCCGGGGAGACACAGAAAAUAUUCGCCGCUGCCUGGCACACAGCCUCUUCAUGAGCACUGCUGAGCUUCAGCCAGAUGGCACCUAUGCCACCACAGACACCCACCAGCCAGUGACCAUCCACCCCUCGUCUGUCCUUUUCCACUGCAAGCCAGCCUGCGUGGUGUACACUGAGCUGCUCUAUACUAACAAAUGCUACAUGCGAGACCUCUGUGUUGUGGACGCUGAGUGGCUAUAUGAGGCUGCCCCCGAGUACUUUAGGAGAAAGUUGAAGAACACCAGAACCUGAGCCAUUCCAAAAUGCUGCCAGAAUUGUGGGUGCCUGGACAUUGAGACUACAGCUGUCUUUGUAUCAAAUUUUCAGGUUGGCAAUUAGAGAAAUCCGACUAAAUUAUAA